CUUCAUUUUGGAAAAAAAGUUAAUCGCUUUUUUUUUUUAUUCUAUUUAUACAGCUUGAAGAUGAAGACUGUUACCUGUACUGCACCUGUUAACAUUGCUGUUAUCAAAUAUUGGGGCAAACGCGAUACAGAACUUAUUUUACCUACAAAUAGUUCUUUAUCUGUAACAUUAUCACAAGAUAUUCUUCAUAGUAAAACAACAAUUUCUGCUUCAAAGGAAUUUACACAAGAUAGACUUUGGUUGAAUGGUAUUGAAGAAGAUAUCACAAAGAACAAACGUAUGCACAAUUGUUUCCGUGAGACACGUGCUAUUCGUCAAGAGAUGGAAGCCAAGGCAGCUGCUGAAGGUAAAGUUCUUGAGCCUUUGUCUACAUAUGGACUUCAUAUCUGCUCUGAAAAUAACUUUCCUACCGCUGCUGGCCUUGCUUCCUCUGCUUCCGGUUUAGCCGCUUUGGUUUUUACAUUAUCCCAAUUAUUUGAACUCGAUGUCCCUACCUCUACCAUCUCUCGCAUCGCACGUCAGGGAUCCGGCUCAGCCUGUCGUUCCCUCUUUGGUGGUUUUGUAUCCUGGGAAAUGGGUGAAAAGGAAGAUGGAUCUGAUUCUUAUGCUGUUCAAGUUGCACCUGAAACGCAUUGGCCUGAAUUAGAAGCUCUUAUUUGUGUUGUCUCGGACGCUAAAAAGGGUACCUCCUCUACUGCAGGUAUGCAGUCUACUAUUAAAUCAAGUACAUUGAUGACUGAACGUAUCAAGCAUGUUGUCCCUGAGCGUAUGGAAGGCAUGAAGAAGGCUAUCCUUGAACGCGAUUUCCAAACCUUUGCUGAAUUGACAAUGCGUGAUUCAAACCAGUUCCAUGCAGUCUGUCUCGACACUUACCCACCCAUCUUUUAUAUGAAUGAUACCUCCCGUGCCAUCAUUCAACUUAUUCAUGAAUACAACGCUACUUCACCUGAUGGUAAGCUGAAGGCUGCUUACACUUAUGAUGCUGGACCCAAUGCUGUCAUCUAUGCUCCAAAGGAAAACAUGCGUGAAAUCAUUCGUUUGAUAGGCCAUUAUUUCCCUACGGAUAAACCAGCUCAUGAAUUCUUUGCAGAUCCUUACCAUGUACUUGAUCAAGGUGAAAAACUAGGAGAUAAAUUAGAAUUGAAUCACCAUGAGCAAUUUAAUAAAAACGUUAUCCCUACUCAGCCUAUGAAUAGCGUGAGUCGUUUGCUCCAUACAAAGGUUCAUGACGGUCCUCGUGUCUUACCCGACUCUGAAUCUCUUUUAAAUCUUGAAAAUGGCCUUCCUAAAAGCCUUGCAUAAUCAAUUAAUCAAUAAAUCAACCUAACGAAACUUUUUUUUUUUUUUAAUUUUCAUUGUUGUUUAUGUAUGAUUAUGUAAUACAGAAAAGUUAUAAUAA